CAGUGCACGUACAGGUGGCGACUGGUGAGCGCGUCGCUUUUUUUUUGCGUGACCGGAUUACACGGUGUCACUCUUCAGUCAGCUCGGUAUCAACCGGUAACCACUAUUCAGGCUAAACAACCCUUGUACACCGCACCAGCAUCUAUCAUCUUCCGUAAAGUCGAUGCUACCUGGAAAACGAGGAGGCGAAAUGAUGUGGGUCUCUUUUGCGUUAACUGGAGCACUGAUGCUGCAUUCGGUCUCCUCACAGAACGCCGGCUUCGUGAAGUCUCCCCUCUCGGAGACCAAACUGACCGGAGACACCUUUGAGCUGUACUGCGACGUGGUCGGCAACCCCACCCCGGAGAUCCAGUGGUGGUAUGCCGAGAUCAACCAGGCUGACUCGUUCCGCCAGCUCUGGGACGGUGCCCGCAAACGUCGCGUGUCCAUCAACACGGCGUACGGUGCCAACGCAGUGAGCGUGCUGGGUGUGACACGUCUCGGCCUGGAGGAUGCCGGGACGUACGAGUGCCGGGCAAGCAAUGACCCGAGGAGAAACGACCUGCACCAGAACCCGGCCACCACCUGGAUCAGAGCACAGUCCACCAUUACAGUGCUGCAGAGGCCGUCAAUCAGCUCAUCGGAAGAUAUCACACUGCCCAGUGAUCAACACAGCCCGUCCAUCACCCUGCAGUGCAACCUCACUUCAGCUCACAGCGCCCACGUUUCCAGCUACUGGAUGAAGAAUGGGGUGGAGGUCCCGGAGACCCGCGGGGAUCGAGCCAACACUGAAUACUUCUUGGCGAAGCCCAAAGGACCUGAAGCUGGGGAAUAUAUGUGUGUCUACACCUUCGAAAUGGCUCCAUCUGUUAACGCCACCAUUAACAUUAAAGCGGGUCCUGAUAUUGUGGGACACAAGCGCAGUGACAACAAGAACGAGGGCCAGAAGGCCCUGCUCUACUGCAAGUCCACAGGAUUCCCAUAUCCCGUCUGGUCCUGGCGCAAGCUGGACAACGGGGUCUACAUGGACAUCGACAACGCCUCCGGACGCUUCUUCAUCACCAACUUGGACAACUACACCGAGCUGAGCAUCGUCAACCUGGACAUCGACUCGGACCCCGGGGAGUACCAGUGCAACGCCACCAACACCAUCGGCACCUCCUCUAUGGUGUCCGUGCUGCGCGUCCGCAGCUACCUGGCCUGGCUGUGGCCCCUGCUGGGUGUCCUGUUCGAGGUCCUCGUCCUGGUCGUCAUCAUCGUGGUCUACGAGAAGCGCAAGAAGCCAGAUGAUAUUCAGGACGAUGAUGAACCAGCCGGACCAAUGAAAACCAACUCCACCAACAAUCACAAAGACAAGAACCUUCGUCAGAGGACCACGAACUGAGAAAAUUAUCACAUUAAUAAUAACGCAUUCUAUGUAUGUAUUGACAAUAUGAAGGUAGCCAGGAACCAGACCCUUUGCAUUGUGUUAGUAAGUAGGAUUAUAUCUGCCUGGUAUGGAGCCUUGAUAAAGACAAAAAGGAAGAUCUUGUGAAUGGCUGUAUUGUAUGAUGAGGCAUGCCUUAUGAUUUUAUCAUUUACCUGUCGUGGGAGGAGCGUGGAUAAACACAAUCGAUCAGUGUGUCCUCGCUACAUUAUGAAUGCUUUAGGGUGUGUUUAUGAAGCAUUAUAACCAUUGUUGCUCUGCGCAGUUAUUGAUUGUCGCUGUUUGUUUGAUUAUUGAUUAUUUAUUCUGAUUCUUAUCAUUUUCCCGAGGUAAUGCAUGCAGGAAAUAUGUUAAUGUUCUUUUUGGUGCAGACAUGAUGUGGCUUCUUGGGCCACGCUCCAAAUGCCACCCUGUUCCCUAAAAAGUGUCCUACUUUCAACCAGGCACCACAGUACUCCGUUACAAAACAGUGUGUUAUGUAGGACAGGGUGAUCGUGCCCUUCAAGAUCCCCCAAACACUGCUGGUUUUCUCUAGCACUUGAUGGUGAAUUAUACCCCUUUGGCGUCCCGGGUCUAAAUCAGUCCCUGACCACAGGGGAACUGGCUGGCUUGAGUUGGUUUCAAGUGGUCUAGGGAAUGGGGAGUAAUUUGGCGUGGUUUCGUUUUCUUUGACAGUGGCUUCAUGUUGAUAUGUAAUCUGUAUUUAUUUAAUGACAAUGUGAAUCUAAAGACUUGCAAUGUAAAAGAAAAACGGCACUGAUCAUAAUCUGGUAUGGCAGUACAUCUGUACAGUCUAGCGUUCUGCUGCAUACCAUUUUAAAAGUUGCUAACUUGUUUUACUGCAUUUAAUCAACAUUUUAGCGUAUCGGUUUCACAUUUUACCAAGGGCUUUGCAAUGUCCCUGUCUUUUGAAUUUCCUUUGGAGAAUUCACACAUGUACAGGAUGUAUUUAUCUAAUAACCCUAUAUAGCUAUACAUUAAGUAAUACAAGGGAUAAUCAUUCUCGCACAUAAAUGAUGCAUAUAAAUAUUGAACAAUAAUGCGAACCUAAAGAAUCUGUAUAAACCUAAUUUAGUAAGUGUACUACUCCAAUCCCUUCUAACCCUAUUGCUUUUGAUUAAAUAAUUGUAGGUGUAUUGUGUAUAGCAUGGCUAUUAUCCUAUGCAAUAAUAAUCCAUAUAUAUUUGUGUGUGUGUGUGUAUAUGUAUAUAUUUAUAUAUAUAUAUAUACAUACAUACAUAUAGAAACAAUCCCUCUUAGUAGCUUUAGAUUUCUAUGAUUAACCAAGCUUUAAUAGAGUAGGCAGAUCACCUAUUGAGUAUUGACAGAUACCAUACCGCUGUAUGCUGCAUGUGUUCAUCUCUAGAUGAAGAUGUCGAGCUAUAACUUGUUCAUGUAAGCUCCCGGACAUGGGGGACGUUUCAUCAAGCUAACUCGUUUAUAAAUCACCUUCUGAUUUUAUAAUUCAAGUCGUAAAGGUUUUUGCUGAUGGCCAUUCUUCUCGGCAUGAUGCAAGUAUUUUGUGUGGGGAGGGAGAGUGGAGGCGGUGUGACUACCGUGUCAAUGUCAUUGAUGUAUGUCAUGGAUUGACAGAAUCAUUCCCAGGUCAUUUUUAAGAAUAAAAACCUCUAAAAGAAA